AUGUCCCUCAAACCCCCUUUCACACAAGAAACAGCCAACGCCAAAGUGAAAAAGGCCCAGGACCUCUGGAACACAAAGUACCACUUCUCCCUGCCCCACCCCUCCCCCCAAAUCCCACUCACAUGUCCCCCCUCACAGAAACCCCGAAGCCGUCUCAAAAGCCUACACCCCUACAAGCAUCUGGCGAAACCGCAGCACCUUCCUCCAGGGCACAGACGAGAUCGUCGCCUUGUUGACUUCCAAAUGGAAUAGAGAGCAGAACUAUCGUCUCCGCAAAGAGCUCUUCGCCUUCACAGAUUCCCAAAUCGCGGUGCAAUUCUGGUACGAGUAUCAAGAUGCCGAAGACGGCAUGAAGUGGAAGAGAUGUUAUGGGAUCGAGCACUGGACUUUUGAUCAAGAUGGGUUGAUGCGGAAGAGACAGAUGAGUGGGAAUGAUGUGGAGAUUGGGGAACAGGGGAGAUGGUUUACGGAUGAGGUCGUGGAUGUCAAUAGUGUGGUGAUUGGGGAGGAGCAUUGGUGA